AACACUAACAUCACUGGUUGGGGCAUGAUUUUUCGUGCUGGUAUGCAGCUAUAGGGUGGACUCCACGAGCACUUUACUCAGAUGUCUGAUUUUUGAGAGAGUGAACGGAACCAGGACUCAAGAAAUCCCUGUUUCAAUUUGAAUUUUAACUUUGUCAUCCUUAUCAACAAGACAUGGUGGUCUGGAUCAUCCUCCCCAUUGCCCUCUCGCUGGUGUCCUUCAUUGGAACAUGGAGCAUAUAUGGCCUGGCCUUCUCCAAUAAACACGUGUGCUCCCUCAGUGACUGGGGGGGUGAGAACUUCUGCACAGGGAAUCAUUCCGCUGGAUGUUGCCGUGUUCCAACCAUAAGCUCAAGUGGAACCAGCACACCAGAAAAUUCCCUUUUUACAGCCGUGAUCAACGCUGCAUCCUUCCUGUUUCUGGUCUUCUGCAUAUUCCACCAUGCACAUGUUAUGGAGAAACACGCAUGUCAUUCUAUGUUGAGCAAGUUUGCGCUGGUCUUUGGUGUGGUGUCGUCCAUCGGGGCCUUCGCUGCUGGAAACUGCAACCCUGGUUACCUGUCACUGCUUCACUACUUCGGAGCUGCCACCAGCUUCAUAUGCGUCUGCUUAUACACCAUCCUGCUCACUAUGCUGACCGGGAAGUGUGUGCUGACUGGGUACGAGAGGGCCCUCUACCUAUUCCGCAUCACCUCCACUGUGAUUCAAGCCAUCGUCACCCUCUGCUAUUUGGUUCUGUUUCCCCAGAAUGUUUACUUUUACGUCCACCUAGCGGCCAUAUUCGAGUGGAUGAUCAGUGUCAACUUGGAGCUGUUUGAGCUCAGCUACAUCGUGGAGUUUUACUUCUUCUCGUCCUUCAUGCUUUCAAACCUGCUGAACAAACGAGACGAAGAAAAGCCUCUCAUGAUGGUGAUGCCUUGAUUGAGGCUGCCAGGGUCCAGCUGAAUCACAUGGGCAGAGGAUGGACUUAAGGCAUUUGUAAGGACAGUGACUUCACCAUGGGGGGGACCAGAAAUGAUAUUUUUCAUCAACCUGCAGACACGGAUUUUAGCCAUUUAUAGAUAAUGAGCAAUUUUAUUCCCCCCUUUGGAAACUGUUCGCCGGGUGUAUCUGGUCUAGAGGUAAAUUAAUUAUUUUAUUUAAUUAUGUAUUGGAACUAGGCAAUUUGUGAACAAAAGACAUCAGAUGUAUUUAUUUUAUUUUUUUACAAGUGAUGUUGAUGCUCUGCCAAAGAUCAACUAAACUGGGGUAUCAUACUCUGAUACACUUUGUUUACAGAUUUUUUUUGUUGGAUUUUGAUCAGCAAUGAACUUAGAAGAAAUUAUUAUUGUAGACAUUAACAUGAAGGCUCAUGUAUGGAUCCAAGGACUUCUGUUUAGCUCAGGGACUUCAAUGUAAUUAUGACACUUGUGAAAACCGACAAAUCCUGUUCAUAGAUUUGACUGUGAGAUAACAGGUGGGAGGAGGAAGUGGACAAUAUUACGAUUUAAAGUUCCCGUAAGAGCAAAUUAUCCUGUUUGCAUGAAUGAGGAAAGAGUGACAAGUCAGAACAAAUUUGUUUUGACAGUUUAUCCACACUAAAAACAGGGAGGGAGAAAACUCAAUGGGCUAAGUUGAAUAAGUAUUAAGGCCAGGCAGCAUUAGCUAUUCUCAGAAUAGUGGGUGUUGUUUGUUCUGUUUGCAUUAAAAAGUUUUAGGUGUGAUCUGUUGAUGUAUUUCAGCUCUUGUGAGAACAAAACAAAUGAUUUAAAGGUACAGUGUGUAGAAUUUAGUGAUAUUUAGUGUUGAAAUUGCAUGUUGCAGCUGAACACCCCUCGCCUCACCC